AUGAUUUUGCUGAGCAGCUUCUUGCACUUGCGGCCUCGGCGCUGCGGUCCCUUCGCAGGGCUGGGCAGGGGGCCCGGUCCCGCAGCGGGGUCCCGCAGGGCUCUGCGGGUGCUGGUGGACAUGGACGGGGUGCUGGCCGACUUCGAGGGAGGCUUCCUCAAGAAGUUCAGGGCCAGGUACCCCGACAAGCCCUACAUUGCCCUGGAGGACCGGAGGGGCUUCUGGGUGUCGGAGCAAUACGGGCGCCUGGGACCUGAGCUGAGUGAGAAAGCCAUCAGCAUCUGGGAAUCCAAGAAUUUCUUCAUCGAGCUGGACCCGCUCCCCGGGGCUGUGGAAGCUGUGAAGCAAAUGGCAAAUUUGGCAGACACUGACGUGUUCAUCUGCACAAGCCCAAUCAAGAACUACCGCUACUGCCCUUACGAGAAGUACGCCUGGGUGGAGAAGCACUUCGGCCCCGAGUUUCUCGAGCAGAUCGUUUUGACGCGAGAUAAGACGGUGGUUUCUGCUGACCUGCUUAUAGACGACAGACCUGAUAUAACAGGGGCUGAGCUGAACCCCAGCUGGGAGCACGUGCUCUUCACAGCCUGCCACAACAAGCACCUGCAGCUGAAGCCCCCCAGCCGCAGGCUGCAGUCCUGGACUGAUGACUGGAAGGCCAUUCUGGACAGCAAACGCCUGCCGCCCGGCCAGGCCACCUAA